AGCAGUAUGUUGUUGUGGUUGUUUGUUUGUGUUGCAGUGUGAACACUAACACGACGGGUUUGUUUGUUUAUUUAUCUAUCUAUCUAUUUAUUUAUUUAUUUCCGAAUCGGGAUGAGAGGAAGGGAAUUAAAGCGAUUAUUUUCGCACCGUUUCCUGGAACGAGUCGAAGUGACCCCCCCCCCACCAUCAUCAUAAUCAUUUUCUCAUGGUCAUAAUUGACCGAUAUUUCUGAAUGAUUGAUUUUGUUUUUGCAGGAGCGCGCGGAGCAAUACUGGAUGUUACUAAGUAACGGAUUAUUAAUGCGCGUGAACGUUAGACGCGUUACAUUUGCGUCAUUUGGCUGAGCAGAGUGUUUGGGUUACAGUUGAGCUGUGACCUCCAUCAACACUCUCUGCGGCUUUAUUCAGUUUUAGACUAAGUGUUGAGACGUUGCAUGGCGUGUUUGGUGUUGGGACACACAGCUGACACGGACACACGGCCAUUUGCCGGAUGUUUUGGCUUUUUUUCUGAGGCUUUAAGAGCUAAACCGGCUGGGUCACGUUAGCCAUGUUUCUGCCUGUGACUCACCCAGAAUACUAGCGAUAACAUUACUUCAUUUCUUUUUCUAGACGGGUCACUUUUUUUUUCUUUUCUUUCCUCACCAUGGUCUUACGAUAAAUCUAUUUAUAUAAAUAUUUUAGCCUUGUGAAAAAGGUUUGUUUAUUAGUUUGUUUUUAAUGAGAUUCUCCGCUCCUAUAAGUUCCACUGCAGUAGCAAUUGGUUACUGAAAGCUGAAGCUCCACGGACUCUUUUAUUUCAUGGUUCCUGAGUGACAGCUGGAGAUUUUGGAUCACCGUGGAAGACAGAAGAACGACAAUGAAGAAGUUUUUCGACAGCCGAAGGGAAGCGGUGAGUUCCGGGCCCGGUUCGGGAGGCGCCGGGGCCGGAGGUGGCGCAGGAACCGGAGGAGGAGGCGCCUUCAUCGGCCGCGUUUUCAGCAUUGGCCGCUACCAGGUUACCGUGGAGGAAACCGUGGCUGAAGGUGGUUUUGCCAUCGUGUUUCUCGUGCGCACGCAUCAGGGUGUUCGCUGUGCUCUGAAGAGGAUGUACGUGAACAACGAGCAUGACCUUCAAGUCUGCAAGCGCGAGAUUCAGAUCAUGAGGGAUCUGGCGGGAAACAAAAACAUAGUCGGCUACCUGGACUCCAGUAUCACCACCGUGGGGUCAGGAGACGUCUGGGAAGUUCUGAUAUUAAUGGACUUCUGUAGAGGUGGUCAGGUGGUGAAUCUGAUGAACCAGCGGCUGCAGACCGGCUUUAGCGAGUCAGAAGUCCUGCAGAUCUUCUGCGACACGUGUGAGGCCGUCGCUCGACUACACCAGCGCAAAAGUCCCAUCGUCCACCGGGAUCUCAAAGUGGAGAAUAUUCUGCUGCACGACCGUGGUCAUUACGUCCUGUGCGACUUCGGCAGCGCCACCAACAGGUUCCAGGACCCUCAGGCCGAGGGAUCGGCCGCCGUAGAGGAGGAAAUUAAAAAGUACACCACGCUGUCCUACAGAGCUCCAGAGAUGGUCAAUCUGUACAGCGGGAAAGUCAUUAGCACUAAAGCUGAUAUCUGGGCCCUAGGCUGCUUGCUGUAUAAGCUGUGUUUUUUCACGUUGCCGUUCGGAGAGAGUCAGGUGGCCAUCUGUGACGGCAGCUUCACCAUCCCAGACAACUCGCGCUACUCGCAUGACGCGCACUGCCUCAUACGUUACAUGCUGGAGCCAGACCCUGACAUAAGGCCUGAUAUCUACCAGGUGUCUCAUUUCGCCUUCAGGCUUGCACGCAAAGACUGUCCAGUACAGAACAUCCAUAAUUCUCCGAUUCCUACGAAGCUUCCUGAGCCAAUCAGAGCAAGUGAAGCAGUUGCCAAGAAGAGUCAGACUAAAGCCAGACUCACCGAUCCAAUCCCGACCCUGGAAACCUCCAUAGCGCCACGGCAACGUCCCAAAGCGGGCCAGGCUCAGCCGGUCGCAGGCAUGCUGCCCAUACAGCCGGCCCUCACUCCCCGGAAGAGAGCCAACGCCCCAGCGGGACCUGCGCAACCUAUCAGUGUGAACAUCGCCUCUCAGCCACAGAAGCCUCAGCAGCCUGUUCCUGUUGCUCAGCAACAAGCCAUGCCUGCAUCCAUGCAGGCCACACCCACUCCUCCUCAAGCCACGCCCCAGCAGGGGCAGCUUUUUGUGCAGCCACAAGCAGCAGGUUUCUACCCUCCUCAGCAGCAGCCGUCACCCCAAGUGCAGAAUCUCUACCCACCCCAUCGUCAGAGCACCAACUCACCUGCACCACCUGCCACAUCUGCCCAGGCAAGAACUAAAGCCAAGGCCCCUCCUCCUCCUUCACUCCUCCUGAAUCCGCAACACACUCCUCCACCAGCCCCAGUGCAGGCCAGAACCAAAGCCGUGGCCCCUGCCCCUCCUGCGCAGUAUUCUCAGACCUCACAUGGACACACAAAAAUGAAAGCUUUGGCUCCUCCUCCACCGAUCCAGCAGCAGCCACCAAUAGCUAAUCUUCUUGCUUCUAGCCCUCUGUCUUUUAAAGCUCCUCCUUCAGUUCCAGUCCUACUGGGCGCACCAGCUCCUGCCAUGAAUUCUGAGCUGAUGCCGUUUGCAGGUGGGCGCUCGGCCCAUAGAGUGGGCUCUCUGACUCCACCCUCGUCUCCUAAGGUGGCCCCUCGAGGUGGUCACAGGCGCAUUCUGAGUGACGUCACACACAGCACCAUCUUUGGAGUUCCUGUUAGCAAGUCCACUCAACUACUGCAGGCAGCUGCUGCUGAAGCCGGUCUGAACAAGUCCAAAUCAGCCAGCACCACCCCCUCCGGCUCCCCACGCUCCUCUCAGCAGAGUGUAUACCCAGCAGGCGAGGUCAGUACCCAGUCUGCUGCCCCUAAGGCAGAAGCUGGUGCACAGUCUUCUUGGAACCCGUUUGGUGAUGACAACUUCUCCAAAUUGACAGCUGAAGAGCUGCUUAACAAGGACUUUGCCAAACUGGAUGUGAAACCACCAGAGAAGUCCUCGACAGAGAACCUGAUUUCAGGUUUACAACCUGCAGUUCCAAACAAAGGCUUUCCCCCGUGCACAGCCGUGAUGGAUACCCUUAUUCCAGGUCUGGAGUCUCUACACGCCGAUCCUGUGUUGCCAGCUCCGGAUCAAAACCCUGACAGCCAGUUUGACCCCAUUCCAGUGCUGAUCUCCAAAACCCCCAGCCAAGAAGAUAAGGGGAAGACUAACGGCUAUGACGCGCUUGUAGAAGGCGACAAAGCAGAAAACCAAACCGAAGACUGGAUGCACUCCAGCGAUGAAGACGACGAGGAUGAAGACGAGAGGACGGGCGAGGCCAGGCCGAGCGAAGCGUCAAGCCUCGACUGCAGCGGCUCGAGACCUUUGUUGCAGGAUUUCGACGAGGACGAAGAACAAGAGCUGGACACUUCAGGAAACCUCCAGACAUCCUCAAACCUUGACCCCAGUGAUGUCCCACAGUCCUCUCUGGUUACCCGCCAGCCAUCUCAGAACCACUUAGUCCAACCUUCCGAGCCUAACGCCGACGUCUUCUCAAAAGCACCUUUUCAGGUGGUGCAGGAAGCCGACGGCGACGUGGAUGUGUUUGCGAACGCUCCGUUUCCGCGUCCGUUGGCUUCGUCUCAACAAGCAGAUGUCUUCCUCCAGGCGCCGUUUGGAAAGAGAAAGGAAACAUGGGGGACGGUUUACACCCAUCCAGUCCCACAGGCUGGGAUGCAGCGCUCCAACGUGGUGCCUUUUAAUCACGGCAGCCAUGAGCAGAGCGUCCUCGAUCAAGUGGCCCCUUUGCCCUUUCGUCCUCAGGCUUUAGCGAAAUACUCCCGACAUUACGAGGGACCCGAGGUGAACUCCGACGAUCCGUUUCUCUCUGCGCCUUUUCACCGUAAAGGACCUCAGGAGAAGCACUAACGUGGACUACGUACUAAUCUCGUCACCUCCGCGUCCUUUAAUUUGAGGUGAUUCUUCGAUGGAAAGAUGCCGAGGAAGUAUCUUUGCGGUGUCUACUUGCGAAAAGAUAAAGUCCUUCUGUGAAAACCGUAUGCAAGAACGAAGCACAUACUUGCCGAGGUGUGGUCCUUACCUGGUUUAAGCUACAAUGCAAACCCAAAUGUCUAUGUUCUACGCCUACCUCAGUUUAUUCCUAUGCUGAGCGAGAAUCCGAUUUUGAGAUGAAUGUACACUCGAGCCUGGAAGGACGCAUCCUUGCUGAAAUGUAAACGUAUUCCCUACUUGGUGCGCUCCCUUAAUGUCACCUGCUUACACUGGUGAUGGAAAAAUCCCCACCAAUGGAGAAGUUCUCGCUGGAGUGUUACUGAGCUACUCUUUCACACCACGUUCAGAUGGUUGACACAAUAGCACUAAUCUCAUCAUCAAGGGUCCUAGUGUUUAGUUUUUGCUUCUUGACAUUACAUUUAUCCAUAUGGGUUGGCAUUUUUGUAGAUUUUCAGUUUCCUGAGCCUCAACAUUAACUUUGCUUAAGCACGAUCAUGAACACGUAACAUUUAUUCCUCUUCAGUAAGCGCUUUAUCCUGGUCGUGGAUCCGGAGCCCGUACCUGGGAACGCUGGGUACGAGGCAAGAAUACAUCCUGGAUGGGACGCCAGUCUAUCGUCCAUCCCACUCAUUCAUACCUAGGAGCAAUUUGGAGUCGCCAGUCCCUGUUUUUGAGAGGAGGAACCCGGAGAGCCCCAGGGAAACCCGCCAACACCAGAUUGCGAUGCAAUUCCAGGGUGGUUUUGCCUUUUCAGUGACGUUUUCUUUGGGGCUCCUUCAUAUGCUGGAUUUUGUUGCACAGAAACUGACGUGUAGAUUGUGAUUAAAACUGACACUGGGUCAUCUUGUCUUAAUUACAGUAGUUAAGCUAUCGAUGAUUUGUAAAACGACGAUCACUGAUGAAUUAUCACACUCCAGUUGAUGGUCCACGUUGCUGUGUUUGCAUUUGGACAGUAAGCUGGACAGUAAUGUGAGUUUAUCACUUGAACACAUACGAUUAUACAUCCAGUGCUGUAUUUCUCCAGGGUUCUUGAAUUGGAGAUGAACCUUUCGGUUGUUCCAAAUAUCAGUCUUUCUUUCUGUCUGUCUGUCUAGUUUAUUUUCUUUGUUUCUCUGGAUUUUUUUUUUUUUUGUGUGUGUGUAUACCUUUAAAUGCAAUGACAUUACCUUUGGUAAAAUCCUGACACUCCCUAUUGGGACAGUAACAUUGUGUAGGAGGCUGUGUGUAUGUGUGUAAAGAAAGCCGUGUAUGUUUAUAAUAAUCUUGAGGUAUUUGGUGACAUGAAAUGUACCCAUGUUUGAACCUUUUGGAGAACUUGAGUGUGUGUGUGUGUGUGUGUGUGUGUGUGUGUGUGUGUGUGUGUGUGUGUAUUUGGGGUUUGUGCAUGUUCAGCACCUCGACAGUCUGAAAUGCAGUGUGUGGUGUUUCAGUCAUCAUGAAGGCACUCGUUUUAAAUACUUGGGUUUUCCAAAGCACUUGUCGAUUUGGACGUCAUUCAUCAAAGUGUGUUCUGUACAAAGAAAAAAAAACAAACAAACGAGGAGUUGUGUAUUAAUAUAUAUAUUUUUUCCACAGUAAUGCAAAGGGUGUGUGUGAUGCAUCUUGUGUUUUAUGUAAGGAAUGAAAAAUGACUGGGCAUGCUGUUAUAGGAAAAAAAAAAAAAGUAAAAAUAAAAUAAACAAUCUUAAGUUCA